AUGGACAGGGCCAGGCGGCAGCAGGCACUGACCCUCCUCCCCAUCUGCCUGGCCUUCGCCCUCUCCCUCACCGCGGUGAGCAGCAGCUACUGGUGUGAAGGGGCACGGAAGGUCACGAAGCCGCUGUGCCUCGACCAGCUGCACGGGAAGAAUUGCAUUCACUUCAGACGGUCCAACAGCAGCUAUGGCAGCAAGGACGAGAGCCAGGUGGUCCUGUACAUUUGGGAAAUAGGGGACGACAAAUUCAUCCAGCGCCGGCUCCACGUGGGGCUCUGGGAAUCCUGCGAGGAGAACCUCAACAGCACAGGUGAACGGUGUAGGAGUUUCCGGAGUGUAGUACCAACCGAAGAACAAGGUGUUUUAUGGCUCUGCAUUGGGGCUGAGGUCCUGGUUGUCUUUCUGAUCCUGACAAGUGCCAUCCUCCUGGGCUCCAGAAUGAGCUGUUACAGCUGUGGGUUCAACUGGCUCAAGGUGGAUGCCUCAAUAGCCAUCCUCAUGGUAUUCGCAGGGCUCCUGGGCAUGGUGUCCCACAUGAUGUACACGACUAUUUUUCAAAUCACUGUGAACCUUGGGCCAGAAGAUUGGAGGCCUCAGACGUGGGACUAUGGCUGGUCAUAUUGCUUGGCCUGGGGUUCUUUUGCCCUGUGCAUGGCUGUGUCGGUCACGGUCAUGAGCAGAUACACCACAGCCCGCCUGGAAUGCUCAGAGAGGCAAAGGGUACAGAAGAGCACACAGCACCCUCAGUAUGGCUUCCCAGAACCUGAGACGUCACAAAGUGUUUGGGAAACAGGAGCUGCUCCCAGCUCUGCAGGGCACACCUUUCUGAAUGUCCCAGGCAAGGUGUCCAUGUGCUAG